AUGGCGAAAGCAAAGAUUGUAAUGGCUUUCAUGGUCAUGGUGGCUUUGAUUGGCGGUGCUGACGUGGCUGCACUGUCAUCUGAAUGUGGUUCUGUGCUUCAAACCUUGAUUCCCUGCCUCGGUUUCGUUACAGGCGCCGAUCCAAAGCCAUCUGGAGAGUGCUGCACAGCCUUCGGCAACGUUGUCAAAACCCACUUCAACUGUCUCUGCGAGGCGUUAAAUGGCAAUAGGGGUGGAUUGAAUAUCAAUAUGACCAAGGUGUCAGAACUUCCCCAGGACUGCAACGUUCAAACUCCACCUAUCAGCAGUUGCAACAAAGGUACACCAAAGCCUUCUACAAUCCCUGGAUGGUCUGGUUUCCCUGGUUCCGGUGCACCCGAGCCUUCUCCAAACCCAUUCAAAUGGCCUUUAUUCCCCGAUUCACCUGCUCCCGCUCCAGAUAACGCAGGCGCAAUGUUUGCACCGUCAAUGGUGGCGAUCUUUUCGUUGACAGCACUGUGUCAUGGCUCUCAAGACAGAGUACGUUAUCCAAAUUGUACUAGGUAA